GCCCGGGGGGCCCGAGACCCACUCUCUCGGCACCCGUGCCCGGAGGUCCCGGUCCUGGUACCCAAGGGCUGUGGCGGGGUUCGCGGGGCCUCCUGCCUCUGUCCACCCCCUGGAGCUCGGGGACCCGGCCGCCCACCUCCCCCAGCCGGGCCUUGGGCUCUGGACCCCCCGGAGUGCGGGAGUUGGUGGGUCAGCGCCAGGGGGUGCAGAGGAUGAGUCGCCCCCACCCCAGGUGGACCCGCGGGCACGGCGCUCCCCCGACCGGGAAUUAGGUGCCCCUCCCCCUUCUCCUCGGAGCCCUCCUCCCACGCUGCUCGUGGGGGCGCCCCGACCCUGGGGGAGGACUCCCCAAGCUGGGCAGGCAAAGCCCCCAAACAGAGGGCAGGGUGUGGUCCCCGCGCUCACCCUGAGGACGCAGCCCUCCUGCAGGGCCCGCCUUGGGCCUGAGUCCACGCUCGGCCCGUGCUCCGGGCGGCCGUCUUCCCAGCCCAGCCAGCGCUCCCCAGCAGGCCUCCCGGUCCAGGCCCGAGCUGGGCACACACUCGGGGGCCUCUGGCCCAUUCCAGCCCUGGGUAUCCUGAGGGAGACCCGUCCACCGCAGCCCUGGGCUGCUCCCUGGAGACAAGGCUCCGACAGCCCGGCCAGGCACUUUGCCUCUCUGAACCCCAGUCUCCUCUCUGAAUUGGGGGGUGAGAGCCCCUGCCAUGCAGUGUUGCCCGGAAGAGUGAGAAAGUGGGUGACCCUUCGCUGGCUCCUGUAUACAUCCCUGUUGGACGAGUGAAGUCGCUGGGCCCGGGGUCAGAGGAGAGGGGAUGUUUUGCUGACAAACUCAAUGAGGAAACUGAGGCUCAGAGAGGUACAUGGCUUGCCCUAAGGCCUCGCAGCCAGUAAGUGGUGGAACCGGGAUUCACACUUGAACCUGAGAUGCUGUAUUGACCAUGGCCUCCUCCAGAGCAGGAUUGUGACGGGGCUGACCGGGGAACCAUGGUCCUGGCCGAGGGCACUGCUCAGGCAAAGAGCCGUCUGGACUUGAAUCAGCUGGAGGCGGCUGGACACAAGUACUUGUUUCCGUUUGACAGGUGUGAGCCCACAUCCCUGCCCCCUGGGCCACGUGCAGGACGCUGGCUCCUGCCCCUCAGCAGACGCCGGAGAGAGAUGAGUAGCAACAAAGAGCAGCGGUCAGCAGUGUUCGUGAUCCUCUUUGCUCUCAUCACCAUCCUCAUCCUCUACAGCUCCAACAGUGCCAACGAGGUCUUCCAUUAUGGCUCCCUGCGCGGCCGCAGUCGCAGGCCUGUCAACCUCAAGAAGUGGAGCAUCACCGAUGGCUACGUCCCCAUUCUUGGCAACAAGACACUGCCCUCCCGGUGCCACCAGUGCGUGAUUGUCACCAGCUCCAGCCACCUGCUGGGCACCAAGCUGGGUCCUGAGAUUGAGCGGGCCGAGUGCACAAUCCGCAUGAAUGACGCGCCCACCACGGGCUACUCAGCAGAUGUGGGCAACAAGACCACCUUCCGCGUGGUGGCCCAUUCCAGUGUCUACCGUGUCCUAAAGAGGCCCCAGGAGUUUGUCAACCGGACCCCCGAAACCGUGUUCAUCUUCUGGGGGCCCCCGAACAAGAUGCAGAAGCCCCAGGGCAGCCUUGUGCGCAUCAUCCAGAGGGCAGGCCUGGUGUUCCCCAACAUGGAGGCCUACGCCGUCUCUCCCGGCCGCAUGCGCCAAUUUGAUGACCUCUUCCGGGGUGAGACAGGCAAGGACAGGGAAAAGUCCCACUCGUGGUUGAGCACGGGCUGGUUCACCAUGGUGAUCGCGGUGGAGUUGUGUGACCAUGUGCACGUCUAUGGCAUGGUCCCCCCCGACUACUGCAGCGGUCCCGCCUGCAGCGCAUGCCUUACCACUACUAUGAGCCCAAGGGGCCAGACGAGUGUGUCACCUACGUGCAGAAUGAGCACAGCCACAAGGGCAACCACCACCGCUUCAUCACCGAGAAGAGGGUCUUCUCGUCCUGGGCCCAGCUGUACGGGAUCACCUUCUCCCACCCCUCCUGGACCUAGGCCGCCCUGCCUGUGGGGCCCUCACAAGGGACACCGGAGAAGUGGCUCUUGGCCCAGCCACUCGACCAAGGGCCAUCUCCUGGCCGAUGAAGGCUGGCUGGAGUGUCUUCUGGCCAAUCAGGGCCUUGAAGAGGGUGUAUCCUGCAGCCGGUCAGGGCCUGGGAGAUCUCUCGGCCAUCAGGGAUUUGGGCUUCUGUGUGCUUAAUCAGGGGUGUCAGGAACUUGUCCAGUCAGGGUCCGAGCACAGUCAAUCAGGGUAUUUCUGAGUAAUAUGAGGCCAAGGACAUGUCCUAUCCCAUGAGGCCUUGGUUCAGAGCCUCAGGAUGGUCCCCAAAUCAUUUCCUAUUGGCUGAGACAGUGGGGUCCUGUUCCAAGGACCUGGGAACUUUGUGUUGGCCCCUCACUUCCCAGAGCCAGAAAGAAAGGUUGCAUGAGGAGUGGGAAGUGAAUGGAGGUCAGGCUGGGGCAACUGGGGGCUGGAGGGUCCCGGAGGUGGGGGGCCGGAGUCAGUCUUGGCUCUGCCCUGAGUGGCCUUGGACAAUCCCUUGUCCCCCUCUCUGGCAUCCUUCUGCCCGUGUCAGGUUCUAACGUGGAGUCUUCAACCCCCUCCCACCUCUCCCACGACUGCCUUGGGUCCGUCCUCCAUAACACUGGGCCCCGCCAGCCACCACCCCUUGCUGGGGGUCUCAGCCCCCUAGGGCCUGGGGUUCCCUUCCCCACCUCUUCCUGGAGAUGAGGGUAUUUUUGUGCAAACUCUCCCCGGUGAGGCUGUCUACCUGUUGGAGGAGGCUUUGGGGCUGAGACGGGGGGGACCCCAGCCCAACUGAGGUUUCAAGCAGCCCCUUUGCCUGCAGCUGCUGGAGUCAUCUGAGUCUCCCUCCAGCUGGGCCUGGGAAAGCUCUCCGGGGGGGCGGGAGCUGUGUCGCCAGGGUCCUGUCCCCCCUCAUUCUGUAUCAGGCACUUUAUUGCUGGGCCUCAGCGGGUGGGUUUGCCCCUUGCUCUUCUGAAGCCUGGAAGGGAAGACCAGAGGGCUUCCCGGAGGAGGUUGCGGAAUGGGAGGGGCCAGGUAGAGGAGGAGGAGGCCGGCACAAGCCAUUGCACAUGGGGUGGGGAGUGGGGGCUGGUGACUCCCCCAGACUUGGUUUUGUAAUGAUUUGUACAGGAAUAAAUGCACUUGAGCUCCA